CCUUGCUCAGACUACAAUCAACCUUCUCAGUCCUCCAUCGAACAGUAGUGAACGAUGGCUUUCAAAUUCACGGUAGCUUUCCUGCUGGUCACCAGUGUGGCACUCGUGUCCUCGAGAUCCACCCCGAAAAUCGUCGGUGGAGAAAUAGCCACACGGCACGAGUUCCCCUACCAGAUCUCGCUACAGUGGAACUUCAACGACAGAGAUCUUGCACCGUUCCACUUUUGUGGGGGAUCAAUCCUGAACGAAAACUUCGUCCUAACGGCUGCCCACUGCAGGACCAAAUAUUCCGAUGACGGAUUCAUCGAAGUGGUUGCCGCCGAACAUGACGUAGCCGCAGUGGAAGGGCCUGAGCAGCGUCGUCGGGUGCAACGUUUUAGCAUCCAUGAAGGGUACGAUGCCGUCCAAGGGGUAAGUCCCGAUGACAUUGCUGUCAUACGUGUGGACACGCCGUUCGUGUUGAACGAUAAGGUGAAGGCCGUUCAGCUGCCCAAGCAGUUGGAACAUUUUGAAGGCGAUGUCAUCCUCAGUGGGUGGGGAUCCAUUUCGAAUACAUCAACUCCGGAUUAUCCGGAUCUUUUGAGGAAAGUCGUGCUUCCGCUAGUAGAUUUUGAACAGUGCUACCAAUUGUGGGGUUCCGAUAGUGUGCUGGUGCAGAGUAAUGUUUGUGCCGGGCCAAUUGAUGGUUCAAAAUCGGCCUGUUCGGCCGAUUCUGGUGGUCCACUGGUGAAGCAGUCCGGCGACGAGGUGACCCAGGUGGGCGUUGUUUCUUGGGGAGCCGUGCCGUGUGGAUCUCCAGAGCGGCCGACCGUGUUCGUUGGCGUUGCUUGGUAUAUCGAUUGGAUCGAACAGCAGCUCCGUGUGUAAGAAAGAGAAGGGACAUGCAAAUAUCUGUGAUGAAAAUUCGACUGGAUCGAAUAAUAAAAUCGUUAAUAGAAAACUGAAAA